AUGGCUUCGUACACAGUGACUUCAACUGGCUCGUACAUGCAGGCGAUGCAACCUUUGGUUGAAAUGCUUAAUACACUUGAGUUCAAAGAUACUGAGAAAGUGCCCAAGUUUAACUUCGACGUGAGACCAACUCCAAUCGAACUGAUUAUACGUAAAUUUGACGAUGUUUCCACAAGCAUAUUGAAUGAAAUUGAAGAUGAAGUGGAUCCAGAGGUAAAAUUGCUUCAGGAAAUUGAAAGCCAAUGCGCCAAGAUUGGACAAGAUCGUGGUGGUGAUUCAAGUAAUGAUGUUUUGGUAAGCAUACGGUCUAUUUUAGCCACAGAUCCAAGCGAUGAAGAGUUACAGUCUUCCUUGUUUGACAUUUUAGGGUUUGAAGAAUUCGAUUUGAUAUCGAAAGUCGUUCAAAACAAAAAUUUAAUAAAGAAUCCACCGGUUGCAUCGGACGCUCCAUCACCUUCUACUGAAGAUGUAACAUUUCUCACACCAGAGCAAAGAGCUCAACUAAUAAUUGACAGAGCAGCAAAAUUAAAAGACCAGCCGUUGUUUCCAAAGCUGUCAAAUCAAAAAUAUCCUCAUGUAUUCAAGAAAAAUGAUGAUUUUAUACCUGGCAAGAAAGUAGCUUUACCUCAAGGUACAACCAGGGAAAGCUAUGGAUCUCACGAAGAGAUCAUCAUUCCACAUGUGGAGUCCAAUGCAAACAGGUGGAUCUCUGAUAGACAAUUAGUUAAAAUCCAUGAUUUGGACUUUUUAUGUAAGGGAACAUUCAGCAGAUAUAAGACGUUGAAUAAGAUGCAGAGUUUGGUUUUCCCCGUGGCGUAUAAUACCAAUGAAAAUAUGUUGGUAUGUGCUCCAACUGGUGCCGGUAAGACAGAUGUAGCACUCUUAACCAUUUUGCAUACCAUAAACCAAUUCACCAGUGCUGCUUCUUCAUCUGAGAUAGAUAUCGAUUACGAUGAAUUUAAAAUUAUAUACGUAGCUCCCUUGAAGGCGUUGGCUGCAGAAAUCGUUGAAAAAUACGCUGAAAAGUUGAAAUGGCUAGGAAUCCGUGUUCGAGAAUUGACUGGAGAUAUGCAGCUAACUCGACAGGAAAUUGCUACUACCCAAGUUAUCGUUACGACGCCGGAAAAAUGGGAUGUUGUCACCAGAAAGCAGAGUGGUGACAAUGAAUUAGUAUCCAAAGUCAGGCUACUCAUUAUCGACGAGGUGCAUUUGUUACACGAAGACAGAGGUUCAGUUAUUGAAACCUUGGUUGCUCGUACAUUGAGACAAGUCGAAUCUACACAACUGAUGAUCAGAGUAGUAGGUCUUUCGGCCACCUUGCCUAAUUAUAUGGAUGUUGCGGACUUUCUUGGAGUCAAUAGACAAGUAGGGAUGUUUUACUUUGAUCAAAGUUUCAGACCUUGCCCGUUAAAACAACAAAUUAUUGGUGUUAGAGGUAAGUCGGGUUCAAAAGUUGCAAGAGAAAACAUAGAUAGGGUUUCUUAUGACAAGCUUAUUGAAAAUGUCUCGAAGGGUUUACAGGUAAUGGUAUUCGUCAAUUCAAGACGUGAUACCGUGAAGACAGCCCAGACUUACAUUGAAAUGGCCAGAGCUAAUCACGAAGAGAGUAUAUUCGACUGCUCUGAAGACUGCGACCAGUACGAAAAGUUUAAGAAGGAAUUGGUACAAACUAAACAGAGUAGAAAUAAAGAUAUGAAAGAAUUAUUUCCCAGUGGGUUUGGUAUACAUAAUGCGGGAAUGUUAAGAAGUGAUCGUAACUUGACUGAAAAGAUGUUUCUUUCUGGUGCAAUUAAAGUGUUAUGCUGUACUGCAACUUUGGCUUGGGGUGUGAACUUACCUGCCGCUGUUGUCAUUGUUAAAGGUACUCAACUUUAUGAUGCAAAACAGGGUGGAUUUGUAGACUUGGGAAUAUCGGACGUUCUUCAAAUUUUUGGUCGUGCUGGUCGUCCACAGUAUGAAGAAAAAUACGGAACAGGUAUCUUGUGUACGUCUAGUGAUAAAGUGGAUCAUUAUCUUUCCUUGUUAGCACAGCAGCAUCCUAUUGAAUCACGUUUUAGCGCUAAGCUUGUGGAUAACUUAAAUGCUGAAAUUUCUCUUGGAACAGUUACCAACGUUGAUGAAGCAGUUUCAUGGUUAGGUUAUACUUACAUGAUGGUUAGAAUGAGGAAAAGCCCUCAAUCUUAUGGCUUACUUCCGAAAGACUUGGAAAUGGACCCAUUACUUAUAGGUAAAAGGCAUGAUAUGAUUCAACUGGCUGCAAGAAGAUUGCAUGAGUUACAAAUGAUUGUCUUUGACGAAAGUACAGGAAGUUUGAUCUCAAAGGAUUUAGGUAGAGUUGCCUCAGAUUUUUACCUUUUGAAUAAUUCUAUUGAAAUUUUUAACCAGACAAUGAACCAGAGAGCCACUACCGCAGAUGUCUUAGGUAUGGUAAGUAUGAGUAGUGAAUUUGAUGGAUUGAAAUUAAGGGAUGAAGAAAAAGUCGAAUUGAAGAAAAUGGAAGAAAUAGUUCCAUGUCAAAUUGCAACAAAAACUAAAAGUAAAAUUCGUAUCACUGGAAAUGCAAGUGGCCCAUCAUCUGCUAAAGAAUCUAAAGGUGGAAAGGGAGAAGAAGAAGACGACGCUACGGUGGAUGAUGGUUCAAAGACCAAUAUCCUUCUUCAAGCAUAUAUCUCACAAGCUAGUUUCACCAACUCCGCUCUUAUUUCAGAUUGCAACUAUGUGGCUCAAAAUUCAGCUAGAAUAUGUCGUGCCUUAUUCUUAAUAGGAAUUAACCGUCGCUGGGGAGAUUUCCUGAGAGUUAUGCUUUCCCUUUGUAAGUCACUUGAUAAAAGGAUGUGGGCUGACUUUGAUCACCCAUUAACCCAAUUUGAUUUGCCAGACCAAAUUCUAAGAAACAUAAGGCUGAAAAGCCCAAGUAUUCAAGAAUUGAGAGACAUGGAUGCUGGUGAAUUGGGUGACUUGGUCCAUAACAAUAGAAUGGGUGGCAUUUUGUACAAACUUAUUGGUAAGUUCCCAACCCUUGAAGUAGAGUCUGAAAUCUUCCCAGUCACCAGCAAUGUCAUGAGAAUUCAUCUUGAUAUUGACCCUGACUUUAAUUGGGAUGAUAGAUAUCAUGGUGGAGCUCAAAUGUUUUGGGUAAUGGUGGAAGCUCAACCGGCAUUGAUCUCGGAAGAAAAUGCCGAAGGAGCUAUUUCUACUUCUAAUGAAAUUGCCCCACUUCUUCAUGUCGAGAAGAUUAUUUUAAAUCGUAGACUGAUGGGACACUCCCAUGCCCUUGAUUUCAUGAUCCCAUUGUCUGAUCCACUUCCAGCUCAAAUCAUUGUCCGUAUUGUUUCAGAUUCUUGGAUAGGUUCAGAAACUCUUCAUCCAAUUUCAUUUCAACACUUAAUUCGUCCACUGAAUGAUACCAUUAGAACUAAACUUUUAAGAUUACAACCCUUACCUCUUUCAGCACUCCAUGACCCUGAUAUUGAGUACAUUUAUAAGUCAAGAUUUCAAUACUUUAACCCAAUGCAAACUAUGACAUUCCACUCGUUAUACAAUUCAAAUUCGAGUGUCUUUGUUGGUUCACCUACAGGUUCUGGUAAAACUAUUGUUGCUGAAUUGGCAAUGUGGCAUGCAUUUAGAGAAUUCCCAAAAUCUAAGGUCGUAUAUAUUGCGCCUAUGAAGGCCCUUGUUAGGGAAAGGGUUGACGACUGGAGGAAAAGGCUUUGUGGUAACAGUAGUCCAAAGGCACUAAAGCUUGUUGAGUUAACUGGUGAUUCGUUGCCAGAAGCUAGAGACGUUAGGGAAGCUGAUAUUAUUGUUACUACUCCCGAAAAGUUCGAUGGUAUUUCGAGAAAUUGGCAAACCCGUAAGUUUGUUCAACAAGUCUCUUUGGUUAUUAUGGAUGAAAUUCAUUUAUUAGCCAGUGAUAGAGGUCCUAUUUUAGAAAUGAUUGUUAGUAGGAUGAAUUAUAUUUCGCUGCAAAGAAUGUUGAAAGAGAAAGAAUUGGAAAGAGAAAAGGAAUUGACUACCAAUAGGGGCAAUAACCAAAAGGGUCUUCAAGAAAUUAGGCUUCUUGGUAUGUCCACUGCAGUAUCAAAUGCUAUGGAUAUGGCUGGUUGGCUAAGAGUUAAGGAAGGUUUAUUUAACUUUUCGUCCCUGGUUCGUCCUGUCCCACUUCAAAUGUACAUUGAUGGUUUCCCAGAUAACUUAGCAUUUUGCCCUUUGAUGAAAACUAUGAACAAACCUGCGUUUAUGGCCAUCAAGCAACACUCUCCAACAAAGCCAGUAUUAAUCUUUGUAGCAUCUCGUCGUCAAACUAGACUUACAGCAUUGGAUUUGAUUCAUUUAUGUGGAAUGGAAACUAACCCAAGAAGGUUCUUGAUAGCAGGAGAUGAAGAAAUCCAAGAAAGUAUUAGCAAGGCCAAAGAUGAUACUUUAAAAUUAUCCUUACAAUUUGGAAUUGGUUUACAUCAUGCUGGAUUAGUUGAGUCGGAUCGUCAAUUGGCUCAUAAGCUUUUCGAGCUGGGAAAGAUCCAAAUUUUGAUUGCUACUUCCACUUUAGCUUGGGGUGUUAAUUUGCCUGCUCAUUUGGUGAUCAUUAAGGGUACUCAAUUUUUCGAUUCCAAGAUUGAAGGUUACAGAGACAUGGAUUUGACUGACAUAUUGCAAAUGAUGGGAAGAGCGGGACGUCCAGCGUUUGAUACUAGUGGUACAGCAAUUGUUUUCACUAGAGAGUCAAAGAAGACCUUUUAUAAGCAUUUUUUGAAUGUCGGUUUCCCUGUUGAAUCAUCUUUGCAUAAGGUUUUAGAUGAUCAUUUGGGUGCAGAGAUUUCGGCUGCAACUGUUACCACACGUCAAGAAGCAAUGGAUUUCUUGACAUGGACAUUCUUAUACCGUAGAGCUCAUAACAAUCCAACUUACUAUGGAAUUGAAGAUACUUCUACCUAUGGAAUUCUGAAGUAUCUCGCCGGAUUGAUUGAUCAGACAAUAGACAAUUUGAUUGAAUCUCAAUGUGUGGUGAACUUGGGACAAGAUGGAAAGUUAAUCGCUACGCCUUUCCUUCAUAUUUCGUCGUACUACUACUUGUCGCACAAGACUAUGAGAAACAUAACCAAGAAAAUUGAACCACAAUCGUCAUUCAGAGAAUGCUUAAGGUACUUAUGUGAAGCCACUGAAUAUGAUGAAUUGGCUACUCGUCAUGGAGAAGAGUUGAUCAAUAUGGAGAUGUCUCAGGCAAUGAGAUACCCUGCGGAAGAUUUAGACAAAGAAUUCCUUUGGGAUCCUCAUGUCAAGGCAUUUUUGUUGUUACAAGCAUUCAUGAGCAGAGUAGAGUUGCCAAUUGCAGAUUACGCUCAAGAUACUGUUGCUGUAUUGGACCAUUCAUUGAGAAUUCUUCAGGCUUACGUAGAUACUGCAGGAGAAUUAGGAUAUUUGAAGAGUGUAUUAACAUUUGUUCAAAUGAUGAGAUGUAUAAAAUUGAAAAAUUGGGACGAUGUCGAUCCCAUUCAAGCUGCAUUACCUGGGGUCAUUGGUGUAAAUGACGAAGAAAUCAAUUUAAAGAAUGUAGGUGCAAUGGAUAUGAAGAAACUUAAUCUGCUUGCGAAUAAGUUAGGGGUAAGAUCAGAUAAAAGACUGGAGUUUGUGAGAGUUGCAUCCAGAUUGCCUACCGGUAAUCUUAAGGUGGAAGUCUUGUCGGAGUCCAAGAAGAUCCUGGUUGAGUUUAAACAUGAGAAUGAGCCAUUGACCAGCGAAUUUAGAGUAUACUGUCCGAACUUCCCAAAGGAUCAAAGAGAAUCCUGGUUCGUCAUUUUGUGCGAUGCCAAGGAAGAGGAAUUGUUGCUUCUCAAAAGGGCUUCUCCAAAACUUCAAGGCAGAAAGGGUAUCGUCAAGUGCGAAUUAGACGUCCCAGAGGAUUUGAUUGGUAAGGGCGAGUUUAUUGUUAAGUUUGUGAACGAUGCAAUUGGCUUAGAAUACGAAGAGAACGUUCAACUAUAG